ACUGAUGGUAUCGAUUCCGCUAGUCAGAGGAAUGUUGCUGCCGAGCAGAAGAAGUUACUCACCGCCUUACAUAGACAUAUCCAUCGAAACUACAAGGGGUCACUUGCAGAUGAACGAUAUGCCAACAUUCUCUUAAGAAUUCCAACAAUUCGGAAAGUUGCAGCGAAGAAGAACGAAUCAUUACAAAUGAUAGACAUGCUAAACCUAUUUGCACUCAAUUCUCUGGUCAAAGAAACAGCGCUGGGUGUACGAACAUCAACGUCGAGCACCCCUGCUCUUGGUUCCACCAUAAAUGGCGACUAUCCUUCGGAGUAA